GGAGAGAGGCAUUAGCUCCUUGCAGAAACGUUCAGACUCACUGCAGACAUGCUCAGGUUUUUGGUGUUGACAAGUCUCGCAGCCAUGGUGCUGGCAGAGCUGGAGCCCCAGCCCAGGUACCUGGAGGAUAGCUUUGAAAGGGUUGUUGGAGGUGAGGUGGCCAAACCCAACUCCUGGCCCUGGCAGAUCUCUCUUCAGUACAGAUCUGGCAGCAAAUACUACCACACAUGCGGAGGAACCCUGAUUGAGAGAGGCUGGGUUAUGACUGCUGCUCACUGUGUGGACAGCAGCAGGACGUGGCGUGUCAUUAUCGGUGAGCAUGACCUGAACAGCAACAGUGGCAGAGAGCAGGUCAUGCAGGUCACCCGUGUUUACAUCCACCCCAGAUGGGACUCCAGCAGGGUGUCCAAUGGUUACGACGUUGCCCUGCUGCGCCUGUCCUCUGAAGCCACCCUGAACUCCUACGUCCAGCUGGGCUCUCUGCCUCCCACCGGCCAGAUUCUGCCCCACAACAACCUCUGCUACAUCACCGGAUGGGGACGCACCUCCACUGGUGGUAGCCUGUCCGCCCAGCUCAAGCAGGCCUAUCUUCCUGUGGUCGACCACAAGACCUGCACUAGCCCUGACUGGUGGGGCAGCACUGUCAAGAACACCAUGGUGUGCGCUGGUGGAGCUGCUGAGGCUGGAUGCAAUGGUGACUCUGGUGGCCCUCUGAACUGCCUGGUUAAUGGAAAAUACUACGUCCAUGGUAUUGCCAGCUUCGUGUCUGGUUAUGGAUGCAAUUAUCCCAAGAAGCCCACCGUCUUCACCCGUGUGUCUGCCUACAUCGAUUGGAUGGACUCGAUCAUGGUAUAAACAACAGAGUGGUCCGUGUGGCAGGAUAUGAAGACAGAAACCACCAUCAACCAUGUUUUCAUCCACUGUCUUUACUUGUCUGGCCUUUAUUUUACAAAAAAUAAAGUUGAUAAAAUUCUG